AUGCCCUCGCAGACAGCAUGGGCGCUUAUGGGUAUUUUGACAGUCUGUGGGGGCGAUGAUCGGUCUGUGCAGCGUGGGGUAAGGCAUUUGGUAGAUACGCAGGAUGAUAUGUUGAGGCAGGGUGACGGUGACGGUGGGGCGGCGGCGUGGACAGAGCGCGAAUUCACGAGUACUGGCUUUCCCAACCAUUUCUACAUCUCGUAUACGCUGGAUCGAGUUUAUUUAUCUAUUACCGCGUUGGGGAGGUAUCUUUCUUCGGUCGAAGGAGGCCAGGAGAAGAAGGAGAAAGGUGGUGGCGCUUGA